AUGCCUGGACCGGUCGAGUAUACAGCGACAUCAAAAAGAGACGGCAAAGACUUGCGCAGAGAAGCAAGUAAUCCUGGCGUCGACACCUCGAAGUCAAGGAGGAAUGCAAUUUCCAGAAGCUUGCCUGAUGUGGUCGUGGACUCAGUUGGCCGUCGAGUCAGGACUUACAAAGGACAGGAUUGCGUGGUCGAGAGGGAAGCCUUCGAAGUUUGGGAAGACGAGCUGGGUCGUGCACCAAAGCCUCUUGCGUUGCGCAGUGGCGAUGGUGUCUUUCCACCAAACCUAUCACGUCAUCCUGAGUGGGUAUUUGCAUCAGGACGUGGUGUUCGAGAUGCCCGGCCCCGCGCUCAAGAGUUGCCUCAAGGCCCUCAGCAUCCCUCUCAAGACAUCAAUGACAACCCAUGGGGUGAUGUACCUUGGGGCAGCGCUACAACGCCUUCGGGUCCGUCGGCACCUCCACAAGCAACUCCUGCAUAUGGACCAAAGAGGGCAAGGGCAGGCGACGCACCAAACGAAGCCGGUCCACAGGGAAGUCAGCCAAGCUCGGCGGGCCCUUGGGUCAGCCAGCAGGCAUCUUCCUCCUCGUCACAACAGCCACCAGCAACGGAACAGACGACGGUUCAAUGGGCGGAUGUCCCUUAUGCUGAGGGCGCCGUUGAGUACGUCUUUCACUUUUCAAAGGAAAGCUCUGCUAUGUGCAGAGCGAAGCUGUUCUGCUCGGUGGCACAACCGGAUGUAUUUCCAGCGGCGUAUGAUGAGACACCGAGGUACCUCCCAAACGAGGAAUUGGGAACUACUCCUAUUGAGCAUUACAUCCGACGGCUCGUGACAUAUUUGGCAAGGGUACAAUCUGUGACGCAGAACACUGACUAUGGCUUGGCGCUCAAGGUCUAUGUGAAGCUUGGGAUUCAUGAUUGGUUGAAGAUGUAUUCCAGGUUGUAUCACAGUUGUGACUUACAUCCUUGCGAAAACUUGCCUACGCCUGCGAUGCUCACCGUUGCGGCUAUCGUCAACACCGAAGAUGACCUCAAAGAUCCUGAUGGGGGCGGGGAGAGAAUUUUGCCAUCAGAGAGAGAGAGAGAGAGAGAGAGAGAGAGAGAGAGAGAGAGAUAUGAAGAGGAAGCGGCUAUUCACCGACAGAACGUUGUGCAGGCGGCCACGGAGAUGCGAGCUAAGCUUUCCAUAGGCGGAAGUCCCGAUGCCACAACGAUCCGGUCGCAGCCAACCAUACUAUGCACCGAUUUCGAGUUGUACGCCAAGAAUGGGGCCACCCACUUCCCACUGCAGAAUGAGCUGAUGGGCAAAGGGUGGAGUCAAUUUGCCAAGUUCUCGCCAACGAUCAGCACAGUGGUCAACUUCUCGGAGACGCAAAGGGUCUUCACGAACCUUAUCGACAAUCUCGAGAGAAUGCCACAGGAACAAAGGUCAAUGGUGACCAUCCAUGUUCAUCUUUGCUUACAGGACAUUGUUCAUGAAAGCCUGGCGGUACCGUUGCACGAGUCAUCCCUACAGGCCCGAGAGAGCAUGGAGGAGAUCUUGAAGGAUACCUACGUCAAGUAUUUCAACAAGAUCCUGAGCAUGGUUCUCGACCAGAGACAGAACUUUGCGGGGUAUGACGCCGUGGGCGCUUACCUUACGCUUCAGCUACGAUCUCACGUGUUCAGCGCCGAAAAGAUCACGGAACAUGAGCCGCAGAAGCAUCAUCACAGAGGAUUCGCGAUUUACGAGAAACAACUGUUUUGUGAAAAGAUGAUUUCAGCUUGCUUCCUGAACGCGCAGCAGUUGGUUGCCUGGGAGAAGAUGCUUCACCGGAAAACCACUGAUAUCAAGCGCUUGAAGGAAAUUUGCAUGGACUUCACGCAGUUGCAUUUGUCCUCCACUGUGAACCUCAAUUCCUGGGUUUCACUUGAUAGACAUCGUGCUAUCGAAGAGGAGAACAGGCGCGAUGACUUGGUCAGGGUCGAUGACUACAGCACAUCGGAUGUGAAUGCCUGGGCAACGCCGGAGACUUUCUUCUGCGAGCUUUGCGAACAGGAAAAGGAUGCCACCAUCUUUUGCCGGGACAACACAUCGUUCAGGUACCUUUACAUCCAGCACUUUCAGGACGCGAAGCCAGGCGACAAUUUGCUUGAGUACAUCAAGAAGUGUUGUCCUAUUGUCUACAUGUCCGUGGGAAAAGUGGUGUCCUCAUACGGCGGCCUUCGAUGUCCCAUCGCGACUAGUCUCGCAUACUCGUCGUGGGGAAAGGCAAAGCAGCUGGCAUGGGACAGAGCAUAUGAUGCACAGAACAACCUUUGCUUCAUCGCGUACUACGACGCAGGGAACGCUGCGUACGCAGGCUUCAUGAAGACGUUGUUGACUCCACAAGAAAGAGAAGAACUGUUCCGAGGCAGCGAGAAUCCCGCUGAGGAGCUCCUGGGUGAUGUUUUCGAAUUGUCUUUGGGGAUGUUGACCUUUGGCGUUCGCUACCCCUACCUUUUCAAGAAAUGGGGAAGCCAGCAAGACAUCAACGCGCGCAUCUACGGCGUUGAGAGAUGUUUUCUCUUGUACUCAGCCAAAGAAAGCGUCAAGUUGGUAGCAGCCAGGCAGCCCAAGACAAGGAAACCUCCGACCAGGGACGAAGCUGUGGAAAGAGACGUCGAGGAGAUCAUUGCAGUCAUCAAUGGCGAUGACCGCUUCCUUGCAGUACCAUCGUCCGCAAUCGACCGGCAGCUGCGUGGGAGUGUUGGUAUGGAUGGUGAGAAUGAAGUCGAGGAAAUUCACUAUGACUUUUCGCGAAGCGUGGACAGCUCCACACUACCACAAGAAGAUGUUCGCAUGGAUCAUGAAGAACCAGAAGGAGAUGCAACCGUUGGUGAGAGCGACGCCUUGAGGAUAGCGAGAGCAAAAGCCUGGGAUGCAACAAGGCUUCUCGUUCACGGCUCAUUCGACGUGAACACCGACAACCCUCAGAGCCUCAGAACCUAUGCGUACUUUGCGGAAGCUCGGAACAUGGAUUCC